CACCGGGACCGGCCGCGGUAGGCGGGCGGGCGAUGCACAACUAAGCCGGUGGCAUGGCUCCGUCGGCGGCGCCGGCCGACUACUACGAGCUGCUGGGCGUGAGCCGCAGCGCGGGUCCCGAGGACAUACGCCAGGCGUACCGGCGCAGGGCACUGCGCUGGCACCCCGACAAGAACCCCGGGCGCAGAGAGGUCGCCGAGGGGCGCUUCAAGCGCCUUCACGAAGCGUACACGGUGCUGAGCAGCGCGGAGGAUCGCGCGGCCUACGACCGCGCGCACCCCGCCAGGCAGCCUACCGUGCGCCAGAAACUGGCGGAGCGCUUCAGGGCCAACGGCUCCAGGCACCUGUUCACCCUGUCUCUGCGACACGCCGAGGACGUUCUCCAGGAACUGCUCGGCAAAAUCAGGAAACCACCCAGCAGCGGUCUGAGCGCGCCGGCAUCCAAGGAAAAGGAGCCGGUGGACGCAGCUGUGUCCGCUGCCCGAAUUUCUGCCGGCCACGGAGGGGACCGCCGGGCGCAGGACAGCAAAUCCGCCGGCAUCUUGUCUCGGAGCGAGGACAGGAAGACCCAGCCGCGGUCCUCUGGAGCCAGUGGUCAAGAAGUACCGGAGGAAGCGUCCCCGCCGCCAACCGCCAGGUCACCCUCAUUGUACAGCGCGGACAGCACCCUUCCGUGGGAGAGCCUCUCUUCAUCCCUGGACAGGCAAGCUGGCUCCCGGAGGACCUUGCGGAGAUUCAGGAGCAUCGUCCCAGUACACGUGGCCGGCCAUCACAUCGAUUUGACCACGUCGACAUCCGGCAGCGCAUCGCGACUCAGGCCGCAGGCGACCCGUCUGCGCAGAGACGCGGCAGCACACCGCAGUACCACCGCUGCAGCUGCCCGAAGCCCGUCGUCCGCGCAGCCCAAGCUGUCGCGGAGCCAGCCGAGGCCGCGGCCCGAGAAGGAGCCGAAGCCGGCCGAUCGCGAAGGCGCGCGACGCCGACGGCAACUGCCGCCGCAAAGCCGCGACCGCCACCGGCAGAAGCCGCCGGCCGUGUCACCGCAGGGCGCCCGCACGUCGACCGUGCGGGACAAGUGCCGCCCAGGGUGCGGAGGCUCGCCCAGCGCGUCCACGAGCUCCGGCUUCAUGGAGUCCGUGAAGACCGCAGUGGCGCGGACAGGCGUGGGCGUGGCCAGGCUGUGCCGGUUCCUGUGAGAGACACACGCACGCACCGCCCGUCUUAUCGCCGCCGUCUUCCAGCCCACGGCGUGAAAUACUUUCGUUUCUAAAUCUUGAUAUGAUUCGCUUCAAUAAAUUGCGUGUUUGCGAUUGCCUUACGUAGGCCUGACUGGGAAGCUUUAGCGUGAGUCGCCGCCAUUCGCAGUGCUCGGAUCCUCGGAGGUGGAAUAUCUGAUAGCGAUCAGUCGUUACGAUCAUCACCAAUACAUUUAGGUAUAUUGCAGGACGACGAGCUGUCCCAGUGAUCUUUGGUUACACCUGUCCUGCAACAUCCCGGCCGUUUCAUCGUAUAUAUGCUCGCACAUUUGGAAAUCGCAUCACACGACAUAGUUACUUUCCGUCCUUGACCACCUUUCUCUUGUCACCCUUUCUGUUACUUUUAAUUAAUCACAGCUUACCUGCCCAACGCAAUGCAUAUGUUGGCCAAACUCCAGUUUUUCCUCUUUAUUCAUUUAUUUAGUUACAGCGAAACUUGUAAUUGUUAUGGCAACGUCUCGUGUUAUACAAGCAGAAUACU